GAGGAUGUGGAAAAGGAAGUCAUAGGAGAGGGAAUAGCAGAACAAAGAAUCACAGAACAGGGAAUCACAAAAGAGGGAAUCAUGAAACAGGGAAUCGCGGAAGAGGGAGCCAUGGAAAAGAGACAAGUCAUGAAGGUCAACGUGAUAAUGAAUAUGAGACAAGUAUCGAACCUUCUACUCAAAAUAUUGAACACAAUGACUCUUAUUCAAAUUAUGAAAAAGAAAUUGAAUCAGUUAACAUACAAGCAUCAUCAUCAAAAACUGCAAGUCACUCAAGUUGUAACUUAACAGCAUCAAGAGUCUUAGAUCAAGGAAGUUUUGCAACGCCAUUAAUGUCAACUUAUGAAAUCAUAGCAAAUUCCAAAUAUUCUAUCAUCUCGGCUACAGAAUUACCUGUUAAUAAUCGAAAUAAAAGUAGCCACCAACUGCAAAGUAUAUCGACAGUUUCAGGUUUGCUUCAAAUGUUUGAUAGUGACAAUAGUGAUGAUAACACUAGCUACUAUGAAGGGAAUUAUAAAAAACCAACAAAGGGCAAGAAAAGACAAAAAAAUAAUGACAACGAAGAUGAAGACAACAAUGAGACUGCCCAAUCUCUUAGAAAAAGGAAUGUUCAAGAAAGGCCAGAUAUAUUAACAACAGCAAACCAAAUACAUGCUAUGCAAACAUCUUUAGAUUCGCCUGCUAGUUUUGCUUGGCUAUGGCAUGAAGAAAUGAAGUGUCUUUUUCUUAGAUAUAGAAAUCCACUAGAUAGAGCCAUUGAAAGCCUUAUUACCGAAAUAUUUAACUAUGAACUUUAUAGUAAUAAAGCUGUAGAAAUUAUUUGUCAUUCAAAGCGAGUGUUUACAGAUUUUCGCAGCAAAUUCAACAAAAGUAUAGCUGAGUUAGUACAUGAAUUUAAGGAAAGGGGGUUAGGAGAACAAAUAUUAACACCAUUGAGAUUGGAUAUCAACGAAUUCAUAACUUACAAAGUUGGUGAAUGCUUAUUAAAAAGAUAUUUGAGCAGUACUAAUAAAGAUAAGCUUAGGAGGUGUGGAACAAUGGAUAUACUCAUUAAAUUAAUCAAGGAGGUGUUUAAAAUAUUUUUUACUGCUUAUAAUAUGAAAGCAAUUAAGAGACUUGACAAUCUUAUGAUAGGAUGCAGAAUUCCGAGUAAGUCUGAUAAAAACAUAAAAUCAAGGAUUUCGAUUUCUCUUACAAAUAGUAGUGAUAGCAAUUAUAUCUGGAAAGUGCUUA